AUCGAGUAAGACUUAAAAUUAAAGACACCUUAUUUUUUUUUAUAAAAAACGAUCGCAAAAUAUUCAGUGACGAGAUACAAAUGUGUGAAAUGUGCGUUUCGAGGAUGAGAGGUGCGCGCAUUGUGCCAAGGAUCACCACGAUCGGACGUGCGGCGCGUUGACGUAGCUUUCCUUCUCGAGCAUUCGGCAUCGGUGUGUUAUCCGCAACACCGGAGGCGCGCUGAGAAUCUAGGACGAAAGAUGCGAAACGGCGGGCAAACGGCGCAGCAAACGGCGGUGAUGACGCCGCCGCAUCUGAACGGCUCGGCGCAGUUCAUAUCGGGCGGCUAUGUGACGGCGGGAUAUCUGCCGCGUCAGUCCUGGACUCAAUUCCAAGCUACGCCGCCGCAUUCGGCCAGGAGCGGCGGCAGACCCCUGUCACUGCCGCCGCCCCCGCCGCCCUCCAGACGAGACGGCGGCCAGAGGCCCUGCAACGGGGGUCCGGCCAAUACUAAGAACACAUCCCUGCCACAUCCCAGAUCGACCCACAGGAGUACCACUCCCUCGAAGGUGGACCCCGAGCUGAUAUUUACAAAACAGGAACGAAUUGGGAAGGGUAGCUUCGGCGAAGUCUUCAAGGGUAUCGACAACAGGACUCAGCAGGUCGUUGCCAUCAAGAUCAUCGAUCUUGAGGAGGCGGAAGAUGAGAUCGAGGACAUACAGCAGGAGAUUAUGGUGCUGUCGCAAUGCGACAGCCCGUACGUCACCAAGUAUUAUGGGUCUUAUCUCAAGGGUACGAAGCUGUGGAUCAUCAUGGAAUAUCUGGGUGGCGGCUCGGCCCUGGACUUGAUGAAGGCCGGUAGCUUCGAGGAGAUGCACAUCGCCGUGAUAUUACGCGAGGUGCUCAAAGGGCUAGAUUAUCUGCACAGUGAGCGUAAGCUCCAUCGCGAUAUUAAAGCGGCGAAUGUUUUGCUGAGUGAAAUGGGUGAUGUCAAAUUGGCCGACUUUGGUGUUGCCGGCCAAUUGACGAACACCACUAGUAAACGGAAUACCUUCGUCGGCACGCCGUUCUGGAUGGCGCCCGAAGUCAUCAAACAGUCCGCUUACGAUUCCAAGGCUGACAUUUGGUCUCUGGGCAUCACGGCGAUCGAACUCGCGAAAGGAGAGCCACCCAACAGCGAGCUGCAUCCCAUGAGGGUCCUCUUCCUAAUACCCAAGAACAAUCCGCCGCAAUUGACCGGGAAUUAUACAAAGCAGUUCAAGGAGUUUGUCGAAGCCUGCCUCAACAAAGACCCUGAAAAUAGGCCGACGGCGAAGGAGCUGUUAAAGUUCCAGUUUAUCAGGAAGGCAAAGAAGAACUCAUACCUGAUCGACUUGAUCGACAGGUACAAAAAGUGGAAGUCGCAGCGCAGCGAGGAAUCGGAGACCGAGAGCGAGAAUUCGGACUCGGAGGAAUCCAAGCAAGACAGCGACAUGGACGAGCCAUGGAUAAUGACGGUGAAAGGCCCGCAUGGGGUCAAAGGAUCCGUGAUGCCUAUGUUGUCACUGGACGAGCAACCCGCAUCCCUGACUUUAACACAUACGAACCAUAGGUCCUCCAAUCACAACCAAUCGAAUAAACCGCACGCAAAUGGCGCCUCACGAUCACCACCGAAGGAUUCCACGCUUAAUCAUUACAGAAGCGAAUCCAGGGACUCGUUGCGCGACGGUCAAACAACGAAACACGCACCUUCCCGACCACAUGAAGCCGCACCUCCACCACCGGUGGAUACGAGAGAAAAACGAGAGGAGCGAGAUUAUCGCGACUCUAGCCGAGAAUCCACGCUCAGAGAAUCGAAGGAGAUGCGCGAUAGUCGCGAGAGGGACAGGGAAGUUGUCAGGGAACGAGAACGGGAUAGGGAAGGCAGAGAUCGAGAUAGAGCCAGCAGGGAUUUUAACACACGGGAAAAGAGGAGAAACAGUAAGCCGGACGUACCCAUCACUCCGAUGGCCGAUCUCAGACCUGGCGAAGAUAAGCAGAGGCCCAGAAGUUCACAGGAGCUUAAACAUCCGCGAAGCGUCGCCUUGUCCGGAGUUGUUUUUCCUCUCCUUUCCGAACUCCAACGAAAGCACCAAUAUUCAGCGAGAGACAAUAAUGGCGAGGGUGGUAGUGGUGGCAAGAAUGGCGGUGCUGUAGAAGAAUUGCGGAAUGCCUUCGAGUCGGCGGAACGUACGUCACCAGGCAUGACGGAGUCCCUUAUUCGCGAACUGAUUAAAUCCCUACUUCCGCCCAAUCAUUCCGAAGGACGCCUAUCUAUGCUAAUGGAGAAGGUUAUUUUAAGGGAUACGUAGGGACGCGAGAGAACAAAGGUCCGCAAGAGACUGUGGUCCCAGAAUAUCCUGACGUUGUAAAAUCGUUCGUUACUUCUCUCGAUUAUUAAUUUACUAAUCAAUACUGAGCCGAGCAUGUCGUCGAUGAGCGGCAAUUCCGAACGUGAACGUGAAGGUGCGAGGGAAAUGCGUUUGUUACCCCAUCAUCCUAUUCCCUCCCCGCUCUUCCUUUUCCUCGCUGAUUUAUGAAGGCCGUACUACAACGAAGUCUAUCGAAGUUUUACGAAGUAGUCUAUUGAACCGCCCCAUUUUCACCUGCCUACCUCUCCGUAGGAUAAAAAUACAUAGAUGACGGCAGAUACACGCGAAACAUUGUGCCAGUAUUCUUGCAGUUCCUACUCGUGUAAUUGUCAUUGAUCCUUGUUUGAACUUUUCAAUUGAACUGUCCUACAUUUACACGCUUCUCCAUGUCGAUUCAUUGCCCAAUUUGUUUCAAACGUAAUUCGAUUCAUAAAAUUGUUGUAUGUCCCUCAAUUUUUUAAACUUUUUCAUUUUAAAUAAUUGUAGCUGUACAAUCUUUGUAGGUAAGAAUCACAUUUGAAAGAUAUGAAAUUAUAUUUUAUAUUAGGAAAAAACUAAAGUAAGACUUAAGAGCAGCUUAUUGCUGAAAGUAUAUUAUUUUUAAAGUUUAUUCUUCUUGUCAGUCCAUUGUUCGUGUCCGAGCGUGGAUCUCUCUCAUAAAGUUUAUUAGAUAAACUAAAAAAACUGUCGGCCGCUUCUUUAUUUUUUAUUAGAUGUUAAAACAUUCUUCAUUAUUAAUAGAUUAAUUAUAGAAAAAAUGUAGAGGAGAGUAUCCGGUUUAAUAGUUAUAAGCCUUAUCUUGAAAAAGAAAAGAUAACGUAUUAAUGAUCUUAUGGCAAUCAGUUACGAGUAGAGAAAGGCGGAAAAUAGACGGCAAUGCGUUUGCGAGAAGGCUGAAUCGAAACCUCCAUUACGCGAUAGCCUAAGAGAUUCCUUUUGAACCUUCUUCAUGUUCGGCGUGAGCAUCACUUUGGCGGUGCAACAACAAAACAAAAUUGUACAGACUCGGCAAAGCGGAUAGAUGAAAAGUAUUCGAUAACUUGGUCUUGCCUCAACAUGUCCGCAGCAUGCACUAGCGAGAUAUAUCGAGCAUACAAACGUAAUUUAUAUAAAGAAAAAUGUUUGAAGUUACUAUGAAGCUUUAAAAAUCGCACUUAUAUUAAUGUUUUUACAGUCAGAAUAUUUAUUUAAUCCUUUCGCUACCACGGGCGAUUAGUGUCGCUGGGCACUAAAUAUUCUUCACAUACCACAUACGACUAAGUCGCUCGACAUGAAAAGUCGUUGAAAAGAUUAGAUCAAGUAAAGUAACUGCGAAUAAGUAAUACAAGGCCCAUAGAGAUUGGACGAGAGAAAGAAACAUAGCUGAUAGAUUUAAUUAUGAAUGGCGACUCACAGUCGGUUCAACAAAAACAGUCAGGCGGCUAAACCCGCGAUAGCGAAAAGAUUAAUAAUACGUUCUGAAGAAAGAAGGUUCCUUAGCAAUCGAACAAAACGAAAAAAGGAUUGUGUUCUCUGAGUAGAUUUCUUCCCGUGGCUUCCUACGCUAGUGCACGUUUCGGACGCGAAAGAGCUCUAGCGCGAUGCUAGAGAAAUUGUAAAUAUGUAUGUAGCGCGAUAAAAUAGUCUUAUUGUUCUGAUCGACGUCUUUGCCAACUGGUCGCACAGCUCCGUUAAACGAUCUUAUUACAAAGAGAAAAAGAAUUCCUUUCCCUUCCCGUGGUCACAUCGUUCAUCAUUGGAAAAGAUGAUAGACAUAGACUAUAGGCAAUAUUGCCGUUAAAAAUUUAUUGAGAGCUUUUAUCGUUUUGUGUAGUUUUCGCUUGUUGCGCAAAAAUUGCAAGUAAGCCGUUACAAUGUUUCAGAAACCGUACACGACGUAUAUGAUAGUGUUUAAAAAUAUAUAUAAUUAAUUUCUAGUUGUGUGUAAAACCCACUUGAAAAUCGUCGAGAAACAAUACUAUUUUAGAACUCUAUCAUCUUCACUAUACGUACAUCCACGAAAGACACUUCAAUCUUUCUACAUUGCGCCUUAAAAAAUAUCGCAUUACGUCAUUAACUUAGAAAUAAUAACUGAGUCGUUCUACGUUAACAUGUCGUUAAAUUGUCCGCGUACCAAUUGCCAAAUUGUAGAAAGUGAUUUGACAGUUCGGAUAAGAAAAGGAGACAUUAAGAUAUGAAAGCGCCUUUUAUAAAAGUUUCAAUUAUUCGAGACAAUGGUUGACGUGGAACGACUCGACAAUCGAUCUAGACGGAAUUUAUCAGACGAGAAGGUAUGAGAGUUUCUUGAUCUUUGAACGCGCGACGCGUUCAAAUAGCGACAACCGGAUUAUAUAUAUUAUAUAUAUUAUGCGGAAUUUGAGUACUGCCGUUCUUCCAAACUUAACUUACGUUAUAACACAAUAUUUCCCGAACUCACUGCACUUGAUUUCCACGAUCGAGUCUGAGCUGCGAUGACUCCCACGCAGGGCGUCGACACUUAAUCCAACGUUGUUUGUAAACUAAUGUAUUUUAUAAAAUAUAUUAUAUAUAGAGAGA